UCAACAAAAAGAACAAUAAAACUGAAUUAUGUUUUACACAUUUUCAUAUUAAUUGAAAAUUCUAAAGCAUGGAAUCUUUGUGGAGUUACUAUUUAACGCUAAUUUGCCUAACGUUGGUAGGAAUCGUAGCAUCAUUCGGUGAUUUUGAUUAUUUGGAAGAAUUUGAGGAGUAUGACCUGGAGGAAAAAUUUGCAAAUGUAAAGCCGCUUGCAGCUACAGUGGGACUGCUUUAUCCGCGGGAGUCAAUGACACGGGAAGUGCGCAGCUUAGAUGGCGUUUGGAUGCUUGUCAAAGGAAAUGCAAGUGAUCCAUUGCAGGGCAUAAAAGAAAAAUGGUAUGCACAAGCGUUGAGAAAAACUGGACAUGAAAUGGUGCAUAUGCCAGUGCCAGCAUCUUAUAACGAUAUAACUGUGAGUAAGGAGCUGCGCGAUCAUGUAGGCACAGUUUGGUAUGAACGUGACUUCUUUGUGCCACAUAGAUGGAGCAAGGAGCAUCAACGCACUUGGCUACGCUUUGGUAGCGUACACUAUCUGGCGAUGGUGUGGAUUAAUGGCCAACCAGCGGUUAAACAUUGCAUAGGACAUUUGCCUUUUGAAGCUGAAGUUGGGCAUUUGCUCAAGUUUGGCAACAAAAAUCGCAUUACAGUAAUGGUGGACAAUCGUCUGGACAAUAGCACCAUACCACAGGGUGAAGUACUUGAGGAGGAGAGCGACACAGGUGUGGUCCAUUUGCAGUCAUAUACAUUUGACUUUUUCAACUAUGCUGGCAUACAUCGAUCCGUGCAGCUCUACACCACGCCACAAACAUAUAUCAGAGAUAUAGAACUGAACACACAGCUUAUAAACAAGCAAGUGGGACGCAUAGACUAUCGAUUAGAUGCAGACUUAGUCGAACCACACAUGGCUAAUCUGGUGCUGUUGAAAUUACAUAAUCAUCUGGGUAAGGUGGUGGUUCAUCAGAUAAAUCGCAAUAUGCGCAAUGGAACGCUAGUGGUGCCCAAUGUUAAGCCCUGGUGGCCCUAUCUAAUGCAUCCAGAGCCGGGUUAUAUGUACACGCUGGAAGUGCAAUUAAUUGCCGCAAGUGGCAAUGAGACUGAUGGCGAAAUAUUGGAUGUUUAUAGCUUGCCUGUAGGUAUACGCAGUCUUAGCUGGGAUAAUAAUAGCUUAUAUAUCAAUGGCAUGCCGGCUUACCUGCGCGGAUUUGGCAAGCAUGAGGAUUCGGAUCUACGUGGCAAGGGCUUGGACAAUGCAUUACUUGUGCGGGACUUUAAUCUGUUGAAAUGGGUAGGCGCUAAUGCUUACCGCACCUCACAUUAUCCCUACUCGGAGGAGUCUAUGCAAUUCGCCGAUGAGCAUGGCAUUAUGAUUGUCGACGAGUGUCCCAGCGUCGACACAGAUCACUUUGAGCCGCUGUUGCUGGAACAGCACAUGACAGCGCUAGAGCAGCUCAUACAUCGAGAUCGCAAUCACGCUAGUGUUAUUGCCUGGUCUAUAGCUAAUGAGCCACGCUCCUGGAACAAAUACGGAGCGCCAUACUUUAAGAGCUUAGCUAAUUAUACAAAAAGCAUAGCGCAUGGACGACCGCUGACGGGAGCGAGCAAUGCGUUUUACCCGUCAAAGUGCAUGAUGUCACAGUUUUUGGAUAUUAUAGGCAUUAAUCGCUAUAAUGCCUGGUACCACAGUGCGGGUCGAACCGAUAUGAUCGUAAAUAAAGUGUUUGAAGAGGUUGACAGUUGGCGCCAGGAAUAUAAGAAGCCUGUUAUAUUAUUUGAGUACGGUGGAGAUGCAUUGGCAGGUUUUCACAUGCUGCCAUCUUCUGUGUGGUCCGAGGAUUAUCAAGUAGAGUUGCUCUCAAAGCAUUUUCAAGCAUUCGACAAGCUUCGUAAACUCAACUGGUUUAUUGGAGAAUUUGUGUGGAACUUUGCCGAUUUUCAAACAGAACAAUCAACUACGCGUGCGGGUGGCAACAAGAAGGGCAUGUUUACACGCAAUCGCCAGCCCAAAAGCACAGCCUAUUUGCUAAGGCAACGCUAUUAUGCACUUGCCUUUAAACUCAACAAUGCCAGUAUGCCCACUGAUCUCUUUGAUUACAUUAUCAACUGGAAUUGAUAAUUGUAUUAACUAACUUAGCUUUAAUCGAAACCAAAUAUAAUUCACAUAUGUCACACAUGUCA